AUGGAGCUGAUUGUGAUUUUAGCUAUUGUGGUCCUGAUGUAUGUCGUCCUUCUGUUUUUUGAUGGAUUUUUCAAGAGCUGCAUGCACUACCCAUAUGAUGCAUUCCUACGAGGGACGGGGUUGACGGUAAAGUUCCUAAGGCUGCAGUGGCACACGACGGCACUGAAUCGAUCCAUUGUCAAGUGGAGCACUAAAUACCCGAAAAUACUUGACUGUAGCUUCAAUAUCGGCGUCUAUCUGUCUCUGCUGCUAAUGCCCUUCGCUGUGGUUAUGAUUAUCAUAUCCUCGUUCCACACAAGCCUGCAGCGGCAAUCUGCACGGGUUAUCGCUUCCGGAGGGCCUGGUGGCGAUUCCCACGCUCCAGACCGUCGAACUGUCGAGAUCGAUCUGCUAGUACCUGGUGUGAACCUGCCCAUCAAUGAAAUCGGCUACUAUAUCGCGGCUUUAGCGAUCAAUAGUGUUGUGCACGAGCUUGGCCAUGGACUAGCUGCGGUGCUAGAAGACGUCCAGAUCAAAGGUUUUGGGAUGCACGUGCUGUUAAUAAUUCCGAUGGCCUACACGCAACUCGAUUCGGACCAGCUUAACACUCUGAGAGUGUGGAAGAAACUGCGAGUCAUGUGUGCCGGUAUCUGGCAUAAUUUAAUAUUGGCAUUGUUUACGUACCUGCUGUUCAUGUCUACGCCGCUGCUUUUCUCCGCAAUCUAUCGCACGAGCGAUGCAGUAAUUGUGACGACAUUGAAAAACAACUCUCCGCUGGCUGGACCGCGCGGACUAGAGCAGGGCGAUAUAAUCAAAUCCAUCAACAGCUGCGAAAUCCACCAUGAAGAAAGCUGGUUCGAAUGUCUGCUUCAAACGAUUCAAUCGCCACCGGCCUACUGCGUUUCGACUGAUUUCGUACACCUAAACGACGAAUCAGUACCGAUGUCGCACAAGAAUGACGGUCUAAUCGAGUGCUGCGGAAGCGACAACACGGCGGCCAGCUGUUUCGAGUACAUGGUCGAUGCGAACGAGGACGACGUGGCGUUACCACAGCACAUGUGCCUGAACAUACGCAAAACGAUCGAAAGCAGUUUCGGGUAUUGCCAGCACAACGGACAGUGCUCGGAAGGCCAUUGCUUCAAGCCAAGCAUCAACAACUACACCACGAUAAUGCAGGUUCGCCGAGAAUCGAAACCGGACGUCAUCUACAUCGGCCAUCCUGGCGAUGCGACGCGAACCGUUAUGGUUUCACGGUUUGUACCAAAAACGGCCUUAUUUACGCCGCGGUUCGCAGAUUCGAUCCAACUGCUCCUGAAGUAUGUGACCGUUUUUGCUCUUGGGUUGGCGUUCAUCAACGUUAUGCCAUGCUACGGAUUCGACGGGCAACACAUCGUCAACACGCUACUGACUGACGGCACGAUCCAACAGCGGAUACCGCAGAAAAACAAACGUGAUAUGAUUUCGUUAGCCAUUAACGUCGUCGGCACUUUGUUCGUGUUCAUACUGCUCAUCAAGGUGUUUUGGUUGUCGCUGUACCGGGUGAUUUCCGUUUGAGGAGUGCAUUUGGGAAGGAGCCGCCAUAUGACAUCGAAUUCCAUUUAUGUAGGAAAUUCAACCGUAGGUUAAUGCAUAGGUAAGCUGCCUAAGCGCCCAUAAUAGCUUGUAUGUCCCUAGUUUCGUAGAUUGGAAAUGAAACGUCUCCUUCAAGGGAGACAAUUUAUUACAUGAAACAAUACAACUAUUAGUCACACACAUUGGUACUAGAUCACUGGCAACUAGCACUGAUUACAAUCAUUUAUAGCAGAUACCUAUCGACGUCUUGAUA